UAUUGUUAAAAUUAAAAAAUAAUUUAUUGUCAAGAAUGUCAAAUAAAACGAAAGGAACUGGCCUUAAAAAAUCAAAAUUUUAUAUUGAUUGGUUAGAAAAAUCAAUUGCAAAUGAAUAUCUCAAUUAUCAUGAAUAUUCAGAAUUUAAAAAUUUAGAACCGAUAGGAAGUGGUUCGUUUGGAAGUGUCGUUCGUGCUAAUUGGAAAAAAGCUGAAAAUUUUUUCGCUUUAAAAAUCAUCAAGGACAAUAGUAACACGACGCUAAAAGUAUUUAUAAGAUUGCAAAAAAAAGUUGAUUUUCAUGAAAAUAUUAUACGGUUUUAUGGAAUAACGAAAGUAGAUGAAAAAUAUUCGUUAGUCUUAGAAUACGCUGAUAAUGGUACACUAAAAACUUAUUUAAAUGAGCACAUUAAUGAACUCACCUGGACCGAUAAAUAUCAGCUAGUAUUACAACUAGCCAAUGCAGUAGAAUGUUUACAUGAUUAUGGUAUUAUUCAUCGUGAUCUGCAUGCAGAUAAUGUACUUGUACAUCAGAAAAAGCUAAAACUAGCAGAUUUUGGUUUAUCAAAAAAAAUUGCUGAAGUAUCAAGCAAUACAUCAAAAAUACUUGGCGUAAUACCUUUUGUUGAUCCAAAAAAAUUAAAUAAUCGUUGUUACAAAUUAAACAAAAAAUCUGAUAUAUACAGCAUCGGAGUUUUAAUGUGGCAAAUUUCAAGUGGCUGCCAGCCAUUUUCUGAUUGUGAUUAUGAUGCAAGUUUAAUCUUAUCCAUAAUAAAUGGCAAACGAGAAGCAAUUAUUGACAACACUCCUAAAGAAUAUAGUAAUUUGUAUACAGGUAAUUUGUAUUGA